AUGAAUCAGCUGCAGUCAUUAGUGUGUGUCAUCUGCGUACUGUUGAUCCUUCCGGCUGCUACUGACGCGCUGAUAGACUGGAAUGGGCAGCUGGCGUCGUUGCAAAGAUAUCGUGCCCUGCAGCAACGCCAAGCACUCCAGAAUCGCCCUUCAGCUCUGACCCGCUCUAGACGAGCCGAAUACAACCGCAAUUGCUUCUUCUCGCCGGUCCAGUGCAUGCUCCAAUACAACGGCCACGUGCGUCACGCUCGACUGUCGAGU